UGUGUGAGAGAGAGAGAGAGAGGGAGAGAGAGAGAGAGACGGCAUGGCUGAAGAAUCGAGCCGGCCAAUUCGGCUAAUGAAUUUCGUCUCGGAGGAACAGUUGGAUGAAGUUAAGAAGACAAGGGGCGAACGCGUCGAGGAUGGCACUGCCCAAAGAGAUAGACCCCUUUUUGAGAUCCUAAAGGAAAACAAAGACAAGCAGGAUGCAGAAUUUAAUGAACGAUUCAAGCACAGACCACCCAAAGCUUUGGAUGAGGAUGAGACUGAGUUUCUUGAGAAGUUGGAAAUGUCAAGGAGGGAGUAUGAUCAACAAAUAGCAGAUGAGGAAGCUCAAGAGCUGCUGCGUUUCCAGGCAGCACUGGCAGCACAGUCUAAUAUCGUGCAUGAGCUCAAGGAAACACCCCCAGCUGGGCCAGCUCCUAUAGUCCAGGAACAGAAAUCAGUUGGCCGGAAAAAUCGGCCAGCUCGUCCAUUUGAUAUGAUUAUAAAGGUCAAGCCACAUGCAAAGAAAGCAAAGUUAGACCCAGGUGCAUCCAAAGAACUCUCCGAUGUGGUGAAAGUCCCCACGGAAAAAAUUCUAGAGCCGGUGGCAACCACUAAUAGAAAUACUGACGAUGUUGGUAAAAUUAGUUUAGUUUUAUAUAGUGACGAAAGUGAAGAAGAUGAAUAGCAGAUUUACAUUAGUAUUCUAAAGAAAAAACUUACUUUUUUUUUUUUUUUUUUUUUUUUUUUUUCUAGUAAUUUUCUUUUGUUGUGUUAAUUAUUUUGUUCUUGGAUCAAUUUUCUGCGUAAACACAGCCUAGAUGAAUGCAGGCAUUGUUUCAGAUA